CCACAAUACGAGGUUUAUGUUGACGUGCUAAACGGCCAGCGACGCCAGUUUCAAACGAGCUACGCUCGCGCCAACAAACACGAGCAGAACGUCUCGACGACUCGUGUCUCAAGAAUUGCUUAAGGAAAUAAAAGGCGGGAUGUAUAAUAAGAGAAAGCUAUAAUAGAAGUAGUGAGAAGUUGAUAGGAAAACAGGGAAUAAAUAAAUUUGACAAAAAUUUCAUAAAACUUUUAAUAGAGAUUGAAUUUUGACCUAGUAAAAUUUUGGAUUUAAAAGAAAAAAGAAAAGAGAGCAUCAAGAGUGCACUUUGAAAAUAAAUUUUCUGCAAACCUGUCAAUUAAAAUAAUACACAGAUCAAGAUACAGCUCUGACAAUCAUUGGGGGUUUUAAACUUUAUGAUAAUCGAGAUAUCAUAUGUCAAAUGAGAUAAGAAAAUUUCACGAAUUUUGAUUAUCGGUAUAAAAAGGAAUUUGAUCACAUUAUUUUCUUAUUAUGUUCCGUCAUACCGUAUUGUAUUGAAAAGAUCAAUUUCAAAUACCAGAAGUGCUUCAACAUUUUUCAUUUGAUCAAGUCGUACCAGCACGAGUGGUGGAAGUUACGAAAGAGAAGUUAGGCGUAGUUCGUUGGCUCGCAAGAUUCCUCAAAACUUUAGAAAGUGCAUUUGUAUGACUUGACUGGGAAGCCUUGUUCUUCGUGGAGGAAAACAGACGCCGUAAAAAGAAUCGAAAAUACCUGAGUCGGAGGAGCAGCGAUAUGAAGGAAACGCAAAUCAACGGAUAUGGAGACGUGCACGAGAAGGAGAAAAAUGGGUGUCAUAUCGCAAACGAAAAAGACGUCGAGGCUGUUGAACAUGAAGAGGUCGAUGCGGUUCAAGAGGCUAUGGGAAACUUUGGCAGGUGGCAACUCUUAGUGUGUGUUGCUAUUUCAUUGGUCAAGUUUCCCGUAGCUUGGCAUCAAUUGGCCAUUGUCUUUAUGGCGCCAAAGCAGAGUUUUAAUUGCACUGCCCCUUCGCACUCUGAAACGAAAGAUCAGUGUUUGGUUAAUUUCAACGGUACUCUGACAGAGUGUACCGAAUGGGAAUUUGACAGAAGUAUAUUUCCGGAAACGAUAAUAUCACAGUGGAGUCUAGUAUGCCACAGGUCGCAUUAUGCAAAUAUCCAACAGUCUGUAUUAAUGUUUGGAGUUUUACUUGGAAAUAUUUUCUUUGGCAGCUUGGCUGACAGAUAUGGAAGAAAAAUACCAUUGAUGAUAUCUGUGGUUCUACAGAUUGUUUCUGGAAUAGGCUGCGCUAUUGUUCCAUGGUUUCCGGCUCUGUUGAUACUGAAGUUACUCAGCGCCAUGGCUACGGGUGGAACAAUGGUCACCAGUUAUGUCAUCUGUAUGGAAAUUGUUGGCAGCAAAUGGCGUGCGGCCAUCACGGUUUUAUACCAGAUUCCAUAUAGUUUAGGUCAUAUGACACUGUCAGGCCUUUCUUUCUGGUUCCGUCAUUGGCAGCAUCUUCAAUUAGCCAUUACCAUACCGUCCAUACUGCUUCUUGGGUACUGGUGGGUUGUGCCGGAAUCACCCAGGUGGCUGAUAGCUGUAGGAAAACAAAGAGCAGCUUGUAAGAUUUUGCAAAAGGCUGCCAAUGUAAAUAAAGUUAAAAGCAAAGACAUUCCUGACAUGGUCAGGAAGCACUGUCUUCAUCAGAACUCAAAACGCACGGCGUCCGAUCACAAAGCGUCUUUUCCGGAUCUCUUUAGGACGCCUAACAUGAGGAUCAAAUCUCUAGCAAUAUUCUUCAAUUGGCUUGUAUGCGGAAUGGGUCUGUUUGGUAUGACUCAGUACAUAGGUCAAGUAGGGGGAGACAUAUUUGUCAAUUUUGCCGUUUCCGGUGCUAUUCAGAUACCUGGUAAUUUUCUUUCUUGGUGGGCCAUGAGUACACUAGGAAGAAAAAUUACAUUAAUCUCUAGCAAUACCACAGCAGGCAUUGCUAGCCUCUUACUAGUGAUGGUUUCAGCAGAAACUGCAUGGCUAAGGCUAUUAUUAGCCUGCUUUGGUAUAGUAGGAAUGUCCGUAUCAUUUACCACAGUUUACCUAUUCUCUGGAGAAUUAUUCCCAACUGUUGUAAGAAAUAUUGGAGUUGGAACAAGCAGUAUGUGCGCCAGAAUAGGUUCCAUGGUAGCACCAUUCGUAGUGUCCCUGGGCUUGAUUAAAGGAUGGCUGCCACCUAUAGUUUUUGGAACUCUUCCAUUGAUGGGCGCAGUUCUGUGUUUCUUUUUACCGGAAACGACAGGAUGCACGUUACCGGAAACUCUUCAGGACGGUGAGGAUUUCGGAAAGAAGCAAAAGAAGUCCAAAAAACAGAAAGAAGCAGAGGCGGAAGCCGUGCUCUGAAUAAAAAUAACCGGAUGAUAGAUUUGGUGUUUAAAAAAAAAAGCCACGAGGAGAGUAUAAUUAUGAGAACUGAUCAGAGAACCAAAAUGAAUGAAUAGUUAGAAAUUACUGCGAUCAUUCCGCAUUAUUAUUUAUUACAUCACAUAAGCCUGACGAUAUUAAGACCGAAUCGCUGUACAGAAAUAUUUGUAUCAGUUAUAUACAGCGCCUGUACAGACUUAUACAUGACUUGCGCAGACGCAUGGAUAACACUUUGUAAGUAGAAUAAGAUCAAAUAAAAUUGAAAAAAAAAAA